AAUGAGGAAACCGGAGAGCAGUGGAAGAGUGGCGGCCAGCACGGGAGCCUGCCAUGUCACUACACGUGAGGAAACCGCCGCUGCAGUCACCGGGACAUGACACUGCACCGGCCGCCGCCGGGAGAACACAUGCGGUACCGCAUGGCCGCAGCUUAGUUCGGUAACAUGCACGGCUGCUGUGGUGGCGGGUCCCCUGGGCGGGCGGUACGAGUGCGCCGCACACCAUGAGGCUAUGGACACCCGUGAGGAGGCCACUGACAGUGUGUGAGGUGUUGGUCUAUGGCGCCCUUAUACUCGGCACAUUAUGGUAUGGCGGCAUUUUCUUCCACCGUGGGCUGGUGUGCGCCGUCCAAUCAGAAAGGAGCUGGGGACGCUGUGUCAACGUCAUCGGGCGUCGCCAUGACAGAAACGGAAGUGGAGUCGGCCGAAAAGAAGAGGAACGGACCGAUGUGGUAGAGAGCAGCAUGAGAGUGGCAGCAAGAGGCUACGGGGGGUCCCCCAGCAGCACAUGACUGAAAGCGCAUGGCGCAGUCUGACCUGAGAACCCGCCCCCUGGUGGAAGACUUUGUACGGUAUAAAUUGUGCCAGCGAAGCUUAGUUCCAGAAGCCAACCAACCUGCUUCCUGUCCACUGCACACAGCCAUGCGGGCUGCCGGAGAUGAAUUUGAGGAUCGCUUCCGCCAGGCUUUCAGCGAAAUCUCCGCACAGAUACACGUGACCCCCGGCACAGCCUAUACACAUUUUGCAGAGGUGGCAAGUGGCUUGUUUCAGGGCGGGGUGAAUUGGGGUCGCGUGGUAGCUUUUUUUGUCUUUGGCGCCGCGCUCUGUGCAGAGUGUGUCAACAAGGAGAUGGCUCCUCUUCUGCCACGGAUCCAAGACUGGAUGGUGACCUACAUUGAGACCAACUUGAGGGACUGGAUGCAGAGCAAUGGCGGAUGGAACGGCUUCCUGGCUCUCUAUGGAGAUGGGGCUAUAGAAGAAGCACGGAGGCAACGUGAAGGAAACUGGGCUUCGCUGAAGACUGUACUGACUGGGGCCGUGGCUCUCGGGGCUCUUAUGACCGUGGGAGCUCUGUUUGCUAGCAAGUGACCCCCAAAGCAACAGACACUAAAUGUCCAUUGCAAGCAGUGUGCUUAUCCAUGCGCAACCGUCUGUCUGUGUGUGUGUGGAGCUGAAUGGCAUUGUACACAGGGUUGUGUCCGCCAGUAUAUGUACGUUGGGUAUGUCAGAGAAUGCGUAGUAUCGCCAUGCAUGUAGGCAUGUCUGCAGCCGUAUAUAUAUAUAUAUAUUUUUCAGUGCAUGUGAAGUAGAUUUGUGUGAAAGCCAUGCUUGUACGCGUCUGUGGCGCCUGUGAUGCUCUGUGUAUGGAACAGCCGACUGUAUUGCUCUGUAUGCAUUUGUGUCUGUGAGCAGUGCAGGUAUUUAUUGCUUCUUGCUGCUGGUCAUGGGACUUGUGGGAGCUUCUUCCUCUGCAGCAGAUACUUUCUUCUGCCUUGUUAGGGUCAUCAAGUGGGUGGUUCACCAUGGUCCUUAGAACUACACCGACCUCUGGGGGGGGGGGGAAGAAAAGAUGGUCCAUAAUUGUGUUUGAUUGUGAACCCCUCAGCAGACUAGCAGAUAGGUGCGUCAUGCAGGUUUGUAUUGCUGCUUCACUUGUGAUGAUUCGUUAUAUUAGAAUCUAAAUGUACUCAUCUGUAUGCCGUCACCCCUUCAAACUGUCCCCCUUGGGUCUAAAUAUCGGUGUCUUCAGCUGAGGGGACGAAGCUCCCACCUCUGUCAUUCUAACACGAGGGAACAGUGGCCCCCCCCCUGCAGAACACUAUUACUAAGAAAAUUGGAGCAAAUACAUAUUAUCCAUGCAUUAAAGAUUCCUUAGCCA